GGGUCAUACUCCGGCUCGGCUUUGACAGCAUUGCCAUAAACUUACCACUUCUUUGGCGCAAAUUAGCAAACCCUUGUUGUUUAAGCUUUGGCAAGAAAAAAGGGGAAAAAUCAAAUCAGCAGUCGAGAGAAGAGAAGAGAAGCUUUGAGAUAACCGGCGACAAUGGCAGCACCUGAGCCGCCGAGUUCAUCACAGAAAGUGAUCAUCCAAUUGAAAGCCACCGCUGAUGCUCCCAUACUCAAGCAAACAAAGUUCAAGAUGCUUGGGACUGAUAAAUUUGCAAAGGUGAUCGACUUCUUGCGUCGUCAACUUCAUAGAGAAACAGUGUUUGUCUACAUCAACAGUGCAUUCUCACCAAAUCCGGAUGAAUUAGUGAUUGAUCUUUUCAAUAAUUUUGGUGUUGAUGGUAAGCUGCUGGUGAACUAUGCUUGUUCCGUGGCGUGGGGCUAACUUGACUUCAUCACAUGUUGCCAAAGUCCUUAACAGUUCAUACACUGUAAGAUUCCCUCCCCCCCUCUUGAUACAACUUUCAUGUACUUAACCGCAAGAAGCCUGAACAUCUGCAUCUCAACGUCUGAAAGAUGCGAAACUGUUCAUAUAAUAGAUCUUUGCACCGUUUUCAUUUGUUAUUCGUAAUUUUUUUUUAUUGUAUAUGUAAUUACUCGGCCUGUGCUUUUGUAGGAUUCAUUCAUACAAGGGAGGAACAUUAUCUGUAGAUAGAGUUUGUAGUUUGAAGAUUAUGAUCAGAUAUGAUCUGGAUAGAAGAAGAAAAACAGUUUUAGUUUACCUCCUCUUUUCAUCAGGGUGCCAAUGUCUUGUAAUUUGUACCAAGUAUUGACAAUGUAUGCAUAUUGAGUUUGAAUGCCUCAAGCUCAUACCCAGCCGAAUUAUUUUUCCACUCCGUGUUUUGAUCCUCCCCUUCAUUUCUCAUUUCAACAUAUUCGGGUUUCGGAGUAGACCAGAUUUUCUGUACGGAUGAGUUUGUCAUAUCAUUGGAUCACUUCCCUUGCGAGGAUCGAAUCGAGAUUAUAGAUAAGCAUUUUUUUUUCUUCAAUUCGAUCCAGAUCGAACAGUGAAUGGUGUGAUUCGGUCUUGGUAAAAAAAAAAAAACUGGAUCAUCUUCCAAAAUACUCAUCCGUUCAUCAAAAGAGGUCUUCAAGUUCAAUGUUCUCAACCCUUUUGGUAGAGGAACUUCGACGACAAGGUAGACUAAGGGGCAAGGAUUUGAGUGAGGAGUGUAGUACUCCAGGUCUGGCCCAAACAAGGUUAUGGACUGAGCUUUCAUUACAGUUUAGCCCAGGAGGAAGAGGAGGCCCAACCCAGCCCAAUGGCUCCAGCAAAAGAGCAUUCUCGACAGUACACCAUGGGAAUUUCUAGAUGAUCGGCUGAAAGAUAAUUAACGAGAAAGAAGAGGACGACAAACACAAAGGUCCCCCAUGAAGAAGAAGAAGAAGAAGAAGACAAUCCAAAACAGUAUUCUGCUACUGGAAGGCGGUUCUGACUUUACAUUUCGCGUACACACCGAGCUACUUGCACAAUUAUACACCCCAAAGUUUUCAAUUCCGCCUCACACUUGGGGUUUCUUAUUUUAUUUAGUAUUCUUCUAAAACGUGCUAUCACUUCUACUCUAUAAAAACAACCUUUUUUCGACACAGAUAUUGAUCGACUAUAAAGUCCACCCUUUCGGGAUUUUGAUAUGUUUUUGGGCGGUCCCGAGGAAUGCCACGUGCACACGCGGUUGAUUGGCCGCCCUAGCGGGAAACGCCCCCUCCCCGAGCGGUUUAUGUGAAAACCAUCUCCCCCUGAGGCAGUUCUCAAUUAAUGGUGGUAAUUUUG